CAAAUGACGAGGCAGGUAUGCAGGCUGACGCACGUUGGCGAACAGAUACCAAAUGCUGAUAUAUAACAGAUAGUCCUACGAGAGUCUCUGUUGGUCCCCCUUGGAGAUGAUGUCUUGGGCCCUGUACUCCAACUAAUACACAUCGCGAGCCGAUCUCCAUGCAUUGUCUCUCGUUAGUAAAGGCUCACGUGCAACUACUGUACCUUUUCUGUACUCGAAAAUCGGAUGGUCAUGGCCAGAAGAUCCUCCUCAUAUUGCUGCUUUUUUGCGCACCAUCCUGCGUAGACCGGAGACAGCCGCUUAUGUUCGAAGCGUGGCUCUCCUUGGAGGUAAUCAUUCCCUGGGCCGUAUCAGGGCGAUGCUCCUCCCAAAAUCCCCAUUGCUGGGUUGAGCCUGAACGAUACCGUGGAAGUCAUCGAGACGACCAGGGUGACUUACGCUCAUCGUUGGGUAAGGAACUCCGCAGCGGCACGAUGGAUGCAUUUGUCGCGCUUCUGUUGUCACAGCUACACUACCUGAGAUAUCUCAUUCUCGGUCCAAACUCUGCAAAACAGAGUGUGCUUCUUGGGUAUGCUCCUUAACUCGGCUGUAUGCAAGAAAGGCGACCAUGGGUUGCCCACUUUUCAGCAUCUCCGGGAAGUGACUUAUAAGCUUAGAGACUAUCAUUAUCUUGGGGAUGUCU